AUGUUUCGUAAAUUAAAAUCUAAAACUGGUGAUAAUUCUGCGAGAAAUAUUAGACAAAGAAUUGAGGAAGAAGGAGAUGCUCAGAUUAUUUCUGCUAAACGAACUCUUCCAGACGAUAGCCAAACUGUUAAUGUAGACAACGAAGCUACUAUGCAAACAACUGGACCAAAACAUACUGGACUUAGUUUUAACGAAGGAGAAGGUGAUGAUUUAGUUGGAUUUAAGUUAAAAAAGCACGGAACUCACGGACACCGCUCAGUUGUUGAAGCAAAUGAGAGAACGUUAAGGAAACAGAAAAUGCUAACAGCUAGAGCAGAACGAAUAAAAAUUGCAGCUGCUGAUAUCACAAUAAAAAGAGAAGAUGGAAUUGAUGAGGAGGCGAUGACAAGACAAAAUACGAAAAGCCCGGACGAAACGACUGCUUCUGAAGAAAUUAUUAGUGUAAAUUCAAUGGAAGAUGUUCGAGAAGCAUUCCCAACUUCAUUCGAUGGAAUUCCUGAUGCUAAAGCAGUCUAUGAGGCAAGAAAGAAGAGAGAGAUUCUUAGACAGAAGGGCACUGGAGGUAAUACUGGAGAAUUUAUUCCUUUGGAUGACACUGUUCGACUUAAGGCGAGCGGACAAUCGGGUGAACGGUCUCGUUUGGUACGUGAGGAUGAAAAUGAUAUGUCUGAUGAAGAAGAAGGCGGGAGUUUUUAUUCUGCCAAAAAACUGCUUCAAACAGAAGAAGAUGCUCGGAGAGAAGAACAAGCCAAUUUUUUGUCUUUGGAACAGGGUAGUAGUGAUGAAGAUGGAAUACCAAUAAGAAAUGGAAAUAGGCGGAGAAAAAAUUCGAAAAAGACUAAAAAGGACGUUAAUGAAGAGAUUUCUGAUGCUGAAAAUGAAGAUGAUGAAUUACAACGUUGGGAAACGGAACAAAUAAUGAAGGGAGUUAGUUCAAAUAAGGUAAUGCAAAUGAGAAAUGAGUUGGCGGCAACAAAUUUGUAUUAUCCUGAAUAUUCAAAUUGUCUUGAAAAAGAGGGGGAAGGCGAAGCUGAAAUGGAUAUUGAAGUUGAUUUGGAAAUAUUGGAUGUUCAACAACAGAACGUAAAAAUCUCGCCUACUAUUCCAAAACCUGAUAAUUCAACAAUUCCAGAGUUGGCAAAUGGCACAAAAUCAAAGGUUUCCCUUGAACAACUUUUAAAUGGGUUACAACAACGUCUUGAUGAAAGGAAAGAGAAUAACAGUACAAUGGAAUCUGAAUUGAAACGAACACAAGGGCAAAUUGCUGAAAACACAGAUUCAAUCCAUAAGCUUGAACAUUAUAUCCCUCAAUUAGAACAUAAAUUUAAAAUGUUGCAAGAUGUACGUAUUUACACGCGUGAUUUGCUUGAUUGUUUGAAUGAGAAAUUUUUAAACAUAAAUGCAUUGGAAGAGCGAGUAAUGGAAAUGUGGAAACAAAGAACAGAAAGAUUAAUAAAAAGAAGACGACAAGAUGUCCAGGAUCAAUAUGAGCGUUGUGCGGCAAAUGCAGCUGGUCGGUCUUUCAUAAUUCCCAAUCCUGAGUUUGCACAAAGAGAAACUGAACGCGAAGCUAGAAGGAAUCGUCGACGAAUUAAAAGAGAAAAUCAACGAAUGAGCCAGAAUUUACCAACAUCUGUGCAGGCAAUGCCAUCAGGCAGCAACAUCCAUUUCGACGGCUUAAGUAGUGACGAUGAAGAAACACAAAGCCAACACGUUUUUUAUGCAGAAACCCAAAGUUCUGUAGAGCAAAGUGCAAAUGAUUUAUUUUUUGAUACCGAAGAAGAUUUUUGUCAAGUACAAAAUAUUAUUUCCCGAAUAUUAAAAUGGUUGGCAAUAGAUGAGGAUUCUUUUGGGAAGGCUUAUGUUUCUUUAUGUUUGCCAAAAUUGCUUGGACCUUUUAUUCGUUUACAAAUGCUCAAUUGGCGUCCAUUAAAGAAUGAUUCAUUGCCUUUACAUUCCUUUCCUUGGUAUAAACAAUUAUUGAUGGCAGGAUUGGACAAUUCUGGCUUGGAAAAUAUAGAACAUUCUGUUUUAGUUCAAUUAAUUCCUAAUGUUGUGGAGAAAGUUAUUUUUCCAAAAAUUGCAAGAAUUAUCCGUGAACAGUGGGAUCCUUUGUCUCUAAAUGAAUCCACCAACUUGGGGACCUUCUUGCGAUCACUCAUCGAUGAUUAUCCAAUAACCACUACUAAAUCAAAAAGAAUGAAUGAGAUUCUCGAUUUGCUGCACUCAAAAUUUCGAGAUGUGCUGGAAAAUGAUACUUUUGUACCUCUAUACAGCAAAGAUGCCAUUGAAGCAGUAGAGACAGGUUGUGCAGAAUUUAUGGACAGACAGUUUUGGAAAUCUAUAAAGAUAAUUCGCUCAAUUCUUUGUUUUCGUGGAAUUCUUUCUGAUCUUUUUCUUGAAGAAUUAGUAAUGGAAGGACUUGUCAAUCGAUGUGUAGUUAUGUCUCUUCAAUUUGGCUCAAUUUCAAAUCCAACAAUAAUUCCAAAAUGUUUGGCUUUGUGUUCACAAAUUCCGGUUGAUUGGUUUUCACAAAGACGACGCUCUUCCAAUACUUAUAGGCCAUUAGAAAUUUUACUUAAAAAAGUGAUUGAAGUUCAUCGACAAAAAGAUAGGUUAGGAAUUUAA